UCAGUGUGGAAGACUCUCUAUGAAAAAUCUCGUCGGUAUAAGCGGUUUGUCGCUAAAAGCGGAGACGUACUAACCGGAGGUCCUUUCAUAUAACUUUGUAUGGGGACCAACCAAGCCAUCGAGUUUUCGUCGCAAUAACCAGACUAGCGCUAUAGCGGAGUCGUUAUAACCGGGUUCUACUGUAUUUGCAACUAAAAUUAUGUCUGCAGAAAGCAUUUCAAACAUUUCUAGCGAAAUAAUUAGGGGAGGGUGUGGUAAUCUACACAAAUGUUAUUUACGAUACAUUUAAGUGACUGAGGAAUCAGCUCGAUUAGGUUUUAUUACUAUAAAUGUCCAAUAAAUUGUGUUUUCCUUUUGGUAAUAGUUCAGUAAUAGUUUGUUAUAGACAACACAAAUAAAAUAUAAUCAAAAAUAGUCAUAUAGCCCAUGCAUUGCAUUAGUGUGAAGCCGAUAAGGGUUUCAGUAUUCAGUAUUAAUAGUAAAAAAUUUUAGUUUCGUUGUUUUUAAUUAAGUAGUAUUUUAACUCGGUAUACAACAAAUUUCUCUUUAAAUGCAUAAUAUCUGCAAGGGUAUAUAAGCUUCGGGUUGCUAAAACGGGCACAUUUUUCUUGUUUUUUUUUUUACUUUAUGGGUUAUAGGAUUAUGACAGGUUAUAGGAUUGCCUUCCUGAAUGAAUUCCUGAAUUACAGCCCUGGAUUUUGAAGGAUUGGACAACGAUGUACAACAGUCUGUAGAAUGAAAUUGAAAAACUUUAAAUUGUAGAGAGUAGCUUGGAAUUAGCUCUAGAAAACUACGCCGCGAAACAACGCAAAAGUGUGGUCUAGUGGUACAUUGCUUGAGAUUUGGUUUUUAAGGUGACCUUAAGGUGGUAACCAAGGACCAAGAAAGGGGUUACCUCCCAUCGAGUUGCCUUUUCCUGGUUACCUUUCAUUUUUGUGACAGUUGUCAGCCCAAGUUUUUUCACGCCAGCACAUUUCAUAAGGCAGCCGUCCCCAACGUUGAAAGUUCAGCUUGUACAAAAAUGACCAAGGUGUCGGGCACGAAGCCAAGGGACGAGGGCGAGCCAGCCACUAAGCGCGAGCGCAAGGAGAUGUAUUUGCACAAGAAAGAUUACAGGGAGCGCAAGGAGCGCAAGGACCGCAGAGACUACAGGGAUCGCAAAGAGCGCAAGGAGCCAGCCGGAGGAACCUCCUCCAGGGUGAGGAACGUCUCGCCAGUUCCCUCGAACGCUUCGGAGAGCACCGAAGGAGACAGCAGCGACUCCAGCUACUCUGACUCCAGCUACAGCUCCACGGGAUCGUCCAGCUACACAAGCUUCUCGAGCUCCUCCAGCAGCAGCUCCUCGUCCAGCGACAGCGAGGCAGUGCCAGAAGGCACCAUCAAAAAGUUUGAGCGCCCCAAGCACUCGUGUUGCCAUCGCCGACACCAUCGUCGCCAUCGGCGCCACAAUAAACCUCGUCAUUCGCACCGUCGCCGGCACGUCAUGCGUCGCCACCACGCGAAUCACUCAAGUCACUCGGCUCACGGGCGCUCCUCCAAGCGUUUGGCUAAAAAGAGUCGUCGCGGCAUAUCCGCCACCAAGGGAACUAUCACUGUUAAGGAGGAGGUUGUCGCAGCAAUUUCUCCUGCCCCAGCUCCCGGGGUCAUUCAGAUACCGGCCCCUAUUCCACUGCCUGUGCCGGCACCCAUUCCGGCUGUCCUGUCUGUUCCGGAGUCGCUCCCGCACCCGAACCCGCAUUCCCAUUCCCACUCCCGUUCGCAUUCACAUUCCCAACUACAUAGCCAUUCCCAUUCCCAAUCCCAUAACAAUCCCCAUCCGCAACCCGUUCCGGCCCCUGUUCCGGUUCCAAUCACUACUCCCAUGCCAACUCCGAAGAGGGACCCAACCGGCGUGGUAUUGGACCGCAAGUCUCGCAUACGCAGCUCCACCUCGCAGACUAUCGCCUCGGCCUCCAGCAGUUCCAGCGGCAGCAACCAGGCCAUCAUCCAGUCUACCAGUAGCACCAUAACCAUCACCAAGACGAUUGCCAAUGCCACUGCCAUGGCCGAAAGCCACUCCAGUGGCAGCGCCAGCCUGUCCAGCACCAAACAUAAAGGUGGCAGCAGCACCAGCCACUCUGCAAAGGCGGUUGUCACCCAUCUCUCGGGCAGCAAGGUGGUCUACCCAGCCCCCAAGACCCCAGUGGCAAGCACCUCCUCGAAGGCGGUGGUCAGGUCUAACCCCAGCGCCAGUUCGAGCCACGGCAGCCACGCGAACCACGCCGCCAAUUCCAGUUCGAGUUUCACCCAGGAGCACUCCAGUACCAGGCCCUCGGCAGCCAAAGAGCACAAUAAGAGCCCGCAGCAGGAUCGUUCAGACAGCUCUAGUUCCAAGGGCAAGUCGUCAACCAACGAUCGACCACGUCGAGGUUCUUCCCCGACCACUGGUGCAGAACCUAGUCGCCAAAAACACAGCGGUCAGGACCAAAACAGCCAAUGGAACCAUAGGCGUGAAGGAGGCGAUGGAGGAGGAGGCGAAGCAAGAGGACGCGGCUACAGAGCCGUGGGCGAGGGCAAUAAAAUGGCCUACAGAAACGGAAAGGACGCCUUCCGAUUUCGCCAACCCGUGCGUAUUGUGCGCCUGCACAUUAAGGGAUUGACGCGCCAGGUGACCAAGGAGCACAUCACUGAGAUAUUUGGUCACUUUGGAGCCCUCACGGCAGUCGACUUUCCGAUGGACCGCUUCCAAGGACGCCACGGACGAGGAUACGCCUUUGUUGAGUACUCACGACCAGAGGACUGCGCCUGUGCCAUCAAGCACAUGAACGGCGGGCAGAUCGACGGCAAGCGGAUCAGGGUGUCCGCCUUCCAGGAGAGCAUGCUUAAGGCGCCAUGGCGCCAAUACCGCCGUUACUCGCCGGUCACCCGGCGCCAGAAUCAGCGUAAAAUGUCCCGCUCGCGCUCGUUGUCCCGCUCCCGGUCGCCGUCCCGCUCGGUGUCCGGCUCGCGGUCCGGGACGCGCUCCUUCCACUCCCGUUUCCGCUCGAAGUCGGGAUCGCGCUACAAUCGGCGCAACCGCUCGCGCUCGCAAUCGCGCUCCUACACCCGCUCCCGCUCGCGCUCCUCGCCGCGCUACGGGCACUACCAUCGCCCCGAUUCGCGUUCGCCAUAGGCAGGCGGACCUGUCGAAUGUUGCAGUGGGAGAAGCUUGAGCGAUACAGGACUUUCCGGAAUCUGCAAUCAACCAGAUGCCUAUUUUGGUCUAUGCAUUUAAUGCGGUUGUAUACUUAUUUUGGUGGUGAACUAUUUCAGGCUAAAUUAGAAGCCCUUAAUAAAAAUAAAUAUGCAUGCCCUGCACAAAAAAAAUUGGUUAUAUCACAAAGUAAUGUGAAUAUUGAAGGAGUUAUCUCAGUAGUAAGAUAAGGGCCCACUGGUUCAUCGAACAAUCGAUUACCCAAGGACAGGUAAAUUGUAUUUCGUAGUGGAGAAUCGUAUAUUUGAUUAUUAGAUGAAGCGUUACUGAGUACACGAGUACAUAUUUACAUCAGUAUCAAUUGCUAUGUCCGUCUGUCUGUCCGCCCGUCCGUUAAUUACGUAACUAUGUGAGUGAAAGCAGAUAGUACAUAUGUAUUUGCAGAUAGUAUAAAAGCCUUAUACGUUUUAUAGCUGCCAUAGAAAUAUUUAUGAAAUAGCUGCUCAACGUCCCCAGACUUUUAAUUAAAUAUUUUAUAAAAUGUAAGUCAUGCAAUUAUCUU